AUGGCACAGGCGGUGGGGAAAAUUGCAUCCGGCGGGAAAAGCAAUGUAGUCAAGGUUGUGGGCCUGUUCAAGAGGAAAAAAGGGCUUUCGAUGGAGAAAUUCAAAGACUACUACGAAAAUCAACACAUAAAACUCUUCGAUGAGCAUGUUGCUCAUCCAGGGGUGCUUCGGUAUUCUCGGCGCUAUUUAACGCCAUUCGAGGGAUUGGCUUCACCAUUGCCACCACCAAAAGAGAAAAGCUACGACGUUAUUAUGGAGGUUUGGUAUAAGGACAAAGAGUUGUUUGAUUCUUUCAAAGGACAGUCUGACCCUUCCUUCAGUGAGAUUGUGAGAAAAGACGAAGAGAAUUUCUUUGAUCGUGACUCCAUGGUCAUGUUUCUAUCUGAGGAUUGUGAAAGCAAAGACGGACCCUGGAAUGUAUAG